CACUGAGCCCUAAGAUUCAGCCAUGUCCAAGGUGUCCCCCACCGAGACCGAGCGCUGCAUCGAGUCCCUGCUGGCUGUCUUCCAGCGGUACGCAGGGCGCGAAGGGGACAACUUGAAGCUCUCCAAGAGGGAGUUCCUGGCUUUCAUGAACACCGAGCUGGCUUCCUUCACGAAGAAUCAGAGGGACCCAGCAGUCCUGGACAGGAUGAUGAAGAAGCUCGAUUUGAACAGUGAUGGGCAGCUGGACUUCCAGGAGUUCCUGAACCUCAUUGGAGGCAUCGCAGUGGCCUGCCACGACGCCUUGCUUGUUCAGGCCCCUAACCACUAAUCCCAGCAACUUUCAUCUGCCCCACCGCUACCAACACUCCUUGAACAAAACCCAUGCAAAACUGGAAGGAGCGCCUUGAAGACUGGGACAUUCCCA